CUAAUAAAAUGGACGCUAGUAUCAUGAAGUCAACAAUUAACCACUCGUCCUUAAUUUUUCGGCAACCGUCAUUCAAUUAGUAGUCCAUGAGACUGUCAUAUUCAAUUAAAGCUCAGUGCAUAACUAUCAAUAAAAUUAGCCAACAUUCCUAGCAAUCUUGUUCACGAUGGAUAGUAUUUGCGACCUAACACGUCUGCAGGAAUUGAAUGAAAAAACAUUCGACUCAGAAAAAAAAUUAUCAGAACUGGAUUCUGUGAUUCUACUAGACACAACCGUUUCUUCAACAACUGUCGACAGUACCGAUUUAUCAGAUCUUUCUCGUACUUUCGAUCAUGAUCGACAGCACCUCAAAUGCUGCGCCUUGAAGUACAGCCAGUGCAGUUGUGAUCUGUCGAUGAGAAGUGAAAUGAAACAGGAGAAUGACAAACAAAGCAGUAAUCAGGACUUGACAUCAAAGGACCAGGCAGGUGCGUCCUCAGGCUUUUCCUACCAUGCUCAGUCCACUAGAGACAACCUCCAAAUAGCCUUGAGCAUUGGCCGGACAAAUGAUGAAUCCCCUAUAGCAAGAUUGGACAUUGCAUUUCAGAAAUCAACGACCACUCUGAAAAGUCAUUACAAAUCAGAGACGUUGACUUCAUCUGUUAGCUCUUCAAGGACAACGGUGUCAACAACCACGACAAGUCCAGUGACCUCACGUGCUUGGAAUUCUUUCCUGAAGCGAAAAAGCUCUGGAGAGUUUUUUGACCCUCUGGAUGAAGCCAAAAGGAGACGUGUUAAGAGAAGAAGUACGUCUUUCCCAGAUCUUGUAGCUCAAUUAGGAUCUCCAGGAAACAAUCUCGCUGUACUUGCUGGACAAGUGAAGAGACGACUUCGAUCCUGCGAAACUGAGGAUGUUCAAUACAUUGAUCUUGAUCUGGACAUUCCAUCUGAGUCUGUAAAGUCUGUCAAGAUAUCCAGAGAUUAUCCCAAGCACUUGAAGAAGAACGAAGGGGGCGUGAUGAAGAUGAAAAAAAUUGGGGAGAAUCUUACGCAUCCUACAAAGUCCUUCCAACCGUCACCUGGGAUACCAGGCAAGCCCGGAAAGUCUAAAAAGCGUCAGAGCGUUGCAAGGGAGCUCCAGAGGCCAGGGUUCGUUGUCGAUUUCCGCAGAUCACCAGCUGCUCUCGCCAAAACGCCCAAGGGGAAGGUACCAGCACGUUCACCUGCUCUUCGCCAGGCGCGAGCUUCGAGGAAUGUAAAUAGAAUUUCGACAGUGACACGAAGCUCUUCAAAUACGGCUGCCACACACGCUACAGUUGCUAAAAAAUGCCGACGUGUUCCCGGGGUAAAGACUCCAAUAAGUCCAGAAAUUUUGAGUGCUGUGAGAUCACCGGCUGGCAUCAGAGGACCCAGUUCUGCCCAGAAUUUAUCUGUCAGACCAGCUACACCCCAUCCACAAAUAACAACUUGUGUUCGACGUAAAAAAUUCAAAGACAAUCUUGGUCAACCUGGUGGAAAAACGUCUCCUUAUUUUUUGAGCCCAGAACUACUGGGGAAACCUUCAGUUCUGUUCAAACGAGGAAAAUAUUUUGAAACCCCUGAGAAAUCCGCGGGGAAUAAAAAAUUGACCAGCCCUUUUGACGCCAAAUUUAAGAAGACUAGGGUUAAGUAUGCGAAUGUCACGUCUCCUGUUGGAGAAUACAUCGCGACAGGAAAGCUGAAGACAAGAAACGUGAAAUUGGUGGAAAUUAGUGAAAUGCAAAAGAAUUAGAUGGGACGACAUUUAAUUACGACAAAUAGAUUUUCUUUCAUACAGAAGGUGGACUUUCUAAUAGAAUCAAGAAAAAUCCCUUUGAACAAACGUUAAAGGUCAAUUCGAUCUCCAAUAAGUCAAGCUCAAAAAAGAGAGUAUGUGGAUGGCUUUAAUUAUUUAUUUUUUAUUUAUUCUACAAGACUAUUUUACUAUAAAUAUUAUUAAGAAGUUGAAAUUCUAUAUGUUUUUUUUUUAUAUUGUCUGAAGAUGUUAAAUAAAUUUUCUAUGAACUAUA